GUUGACUAUUCACUAUUGUCUAAGUGCUGUCACUCAACUAGUAGCGACUAGCGAGUAAUUAUUUGAUGAUUUUCAAUUAAACAUAUUUUCAAUAUGUCCAAAGUAACCUUCAAGAUUACUCUAACUUCAGACCCAAAACUGCCUUUCAAAGUCAGAUGCUGAUUCUUGGGUUCUACAUUGAAGUUACAUAUUACAAAUGGAUCCAAUUCUUCGCCGUUUCCUCGACUUCUUUCAAGUUUAUAUUAAAAUUUGUCAACUACCUAGUUGGCCCACUGAAACUACUUCAAAUGAAGAAAUAUUGAAUGCUUUCAAAAUAUCAGAUCACAUUAAAAAAUGCUUACAGAGGCUUAAGGAAAGGUCACUUACUGAUGAUUUUUUAACAGUAGUGACAGCAGAAAAUAAACAAUGUACUUCUAGCUAUUUUUUCCAACAAUGUUUCUCCGAACCUCCUAGAUUCAUUUUAAAGAAAAUUGUAACAUCUUCUUGUGAUAUUGAACAAGUCGAUGUAGCAUUUAAAUUUUUUGUUGAACUAUUUUCUUUAGAUGAACUUGAAAUCAGCUUAUCACAAUUCAUGUUAGAAGCUGCCUCCAAGGAUACUCUUUUAAAGAAUUUAUCUAGUGAACUAUCGGACGAUGUUUUGUUGGACUUUAAAAUGAAAUUUCUUCUUACCGAGUUGAAAUACAGCAAUGUAGAUGACAAGCUUCUUGAUGACAUGCUAUGUGAAAAUUGUACUGAAGAUACUAUAGAACUGCUAGUGUUAUCUGUAUUGAAUAAUGAUGUGAUGUAUCGUUCGGCCACUAAAAGGAUAGUCAAUUCAUUCAUAAGGAUUAUGUCCAGUAUGCAUGUGAAAAGUAAAAAUUUUUGGAAGUACCUCUUUAAAACGGAUGAGAAAUUGAUACAGUUGUGUACAAAUAAUAAGAAGAUUUUUGAAUUAGUUAUCAAAGCUCUUGUUGAUGUAGCACAAUUAAUUGAUAAGCAAAUGUCCAUGGAAUAUUUUUAUAUUGAAAUGACUUAUUCAGAGUUGAAGAGCGCUUUACAGAACAUUUGUAGGAACGAAACGAUGAAAUCCGUUUUCUUUCAUUACGCCCUCGAAGACAGAUGUUUUGAUGAGAGAUUUUGGAAUGAUUUACUAUCAUGAUAUAUAUAUUUUUAUAAAUAAAUUCUGAAAACUUUAACUUAUAUA